AUUUCCUAUUCCUUACAUCUAUUCUUACAUUGUGUGCGAACCUUUAGAUUGCCGCCACAGCUAUUGUCCACUGUUGUCCUCCAAUGAUAGCUCGCAAGUGUGAUGUUUGUGCUUGAAAACCGCGAGACAAAAUAUACAGGAGUGUCAGAAAUUAAAGUCUCUUAGUUAUGACUACAGUUAUUUCUUCCUUGAAAGUGGACUCGUAGCAACAGAUUGAUCAAAUUUUAUAAAAUGGAGCAAAAUCUUGAUGCACCUUCUUCCAAUGCUGUUUCUAUAUUGGAAAGUGAAUCCCAUGAUGGCAACAAGAUAGAAACAAAAGAUGCAAAGGAAAGUGUGCAAAUAUCGACAGAAUCAGUGGUCGAUAAUUUGAUGGAAGAUGUUACUGAAUUAAUUCAUCAAGAUGUGGAAAUGACAAAUUCUGAUACAAAUCAGAAUGCAAAUAACCCAAAUGUAACAGAUAUUAAUGCAGAGGAAAAUAUUAUUUCAAAAAUUGUAGAAACAAAGAAACCUGAAGAUGAUGGCUCAUGUUCGAAAGAAAAUGAUACUAUAUCUGAUUUAAAUUCAAAUUCAAAUUUAAACAAUGAGGAGGUGCCUAUGGAUAAUCCUUUAUCGAAAUUCACGCACGUGAAUGUGGAUCAUUCAACAUUAGACAUAGCAGAAUCGGAAAAUUCUAAUGCAGCUUUAGAAAAAGAGAUUUCUCCAGUGGACAAUUUGAAUACGAUGUCGGAAAGUUCAAGUUUGCACAAAGAACCAAGUGAGGAUAAUUCAAACAACAUUCUAGAACCAAAGAAUGAUGAAGUCCAAGAACUCUUCGAUUGUACUCUAGCCAAAGUUUUAUCAGAACCUGAAACGGGAACAUCUAUCAGCGAAACUGUAUCUGAUAAAGAAGAAAAGACAUUUUGUAAUAAUGAAAAUAACUCUGAGAUGGUUAGGUGUGAACGUUUGAGUGUAAUUGAUAGUUCUCGAAUGAUGAUAGACACUUCAGAUAGCAAAAAGGGAAAUACAGUGGUGGACGGCGAUUCAGAUAGCCCUGAGAAGGAAAACGCAUCUGAGAAGAAUAUAAACAAACUUGAAAAUACAGAAUUUGUGCAAAUCUCUCAAGAUAAGCAUGAUGAUUCCCAAAUAGAAGGUCAAGUGAUAGAUGCGGAGGAUCCAUUUGGUGGUGAUAAUUUAGCAUCGGAAAAUAUUGAGCAAAUAGAAACUGACAGCCUCACUGCAGGCGAUGAGAACUUUCAAAAAUUAGGCGAUCAAGCUGAUAAUCUUCAGGAUGUAGUCAAUGCUAAGGACAGCUCUUUUAAAACUAACUUUAAUACAAGUGGUAAGCAGCCUGAAUCGCAAGACAGCGAUAGUGAAAAAAAUAUACCGAUUGUUGAAUCACAUUCAGAAAGCGAUAUAGUAGUUUCUCAAUCAAAAGCUGACAAUAUUAAUAUAACCACGAAUAUGGAAGUAAACAAUGAAAAUUCUGAAUCUUCAUCUCUUAAGACUCAUGAUGAUACAAUACAGUCUUCACAAGUAGAUAACUUAGAUCAGGAAUCUGGUAAGUCCAAGGAUAAAAAUGAAGAAGAUGUAGAAAUAAAUGCCGUAAAUGAACAUUCAGAUGUGUUGCCUGGCCAGGAUGAUGAAUUGUGCAUCAUCCCAGACAGUAUGAAAGUCAUUCUUCCUAAAAAAAUAUCACAAAAAACUGACGAAGUAAAUAAGAGCAACGAUGAAAAGGUAACAACAGAGGAUAAUGAAGGUAAAAUGGGAUCAGGCUCAUCUUCAGAAACAACAUCAAGGGAUACAAAGGAAAUAGGGAUCGAUGAUAACAUUUGUGAUACGGAAAAAGUAAUGACUCCACAUACUAAACAGAUAUCACCUGUACAUAGAGCAGAGUCAACAUCGGAUGUAAUAGAUAUUGAUGAAGAGUCCAAAAAUUCUGAAAUUGAGGAAAUCUCGACUAAGGAAAGAUGUAAACAAUGCAAUGAGGAGCGUUCUUGCAAAAUGAAAGUUAAAAUCGGUCCAGAAUGCUUUAAUGUCUGUUCAAAGGCGUGCAAGUCUGCGUUUAAGACUGCCAAUAACAAAGCCACAGAUAUCCCCAGUGAGGGUGCUUAUUCAAAGCUUGAAAAACGUUGUGCAAAUUGUCUACUGUUAAUUGAACCAAACGAUGAGCGUAAUCUGUCUUGGGAAACAAUGGAGUUUUGCAACGAAGAGUGUUUGGGCAAAUUCCAAAUGAAUUAUGGAAGCUACUGCAGAAAUUGCAAUGGCUCUGUGCAAGCAGUAAGCUUAGGAAAAUAUUGUGUGAGAUUUGGAUAUGAUGUCAGACAGUUUUGUUGUUCAACUUGCCUUGAAGAGUUUAAAAAGGGUCUUAAAGUCUGCAGCUACUGCCAAAAAGAUAUUAGUUCAGGACUCGAAGGUUUUUUGGCACCUGUAGGUGAUAAAGGACAAUUUAAAGAUUUUUGUACUCAAGAUUGUAUGGAGAAAUAUUCUAGGAUGAGCAGCACUGAACCACCCAGCACAGAAAAGAGAGCUUGUAGUGUUUGUCAGGAGGAAAAAGUUGUACACUGUGAAGUUCAACUAGAUAGAGCCGAGCCAGUUGCAAUAUGCAGUGAUCCUUGCUUCGCUGCAUUCAAAUUUGUAAACAAGGUGAAUCCAGACCAAUGUUCCACAUGCAAAAAAUUCUUUGAAUUACCUAAUAGGAAGACCUUUGUUGUGUUUUAUGAGAACGAAGCACAUACAUUUUGCAACAAAACGUGUCUAAAUAUUUUCAUCACCAUGAACAGAAAAAUUGUUCCUUGUAAUUGGUGUAAAGUGAAGAAAUACAAUUUCGACAUGAUUAAAAAGGAACUAAAAUCAGGUCAAGUGAUGAUGAUGUGCAGUCUGAAUUGCCUCACACUGUAUCAGGUGUCCAUAAAUGCAGUGUCAGCGCGUCGCAUAAAUUGUGAUUUUUGUAAAGAAUACUCGCAGGCUCAGUAUCAUUUGACAAUGUCAGAUGCAACGAUUCGUAAUUUUUGUUCUUACAACUGCGUUAUGAAUUUCCAAGGCCAGUACACAAAAUCACCUAUAACAAUACCAUCGAGCGAUGAUCCUGUACCAACUGGGAUGCCAAAAAGGACAGUUCCUCAAAGGGCAGUUGUUCAGUCGUCUCAGAAAAAUGACAUACAAAAUAAAAAGACGUUACCGGUAAUAUCGUCGGUGACUAGUUUAGCGUCUAUGGGAAACGGGCAGCCUAGUCCGACCUCGCAACAAUCGACAGUAAAUAAUGUUGGUGUACCAACUUCUGUUACGGUACAAAAUCAAACCCAGCAAGUCAUCUACAAGCAACAAAUUAUAACAAGACCUCCCAGUCCUGUAAAAAUUCAUAACAAAAUAACUCAGUGCAAACCUCUGAUGCAUACCAAGGGUGUUUCGGUGCGUCCGCAUCCUUGCACAAAAUCAACGCAAACGGAAGAAAUACAACGUGUUGUGAUACCAAUUCCCGUUCCUAUUUACGUUCCAUAUCCAAUGCAUAUGUAUAGUAUGCCUUAUCCAGUACCUCUACCAUUCCCAUUACCGAUUCCGGUUCCCAUUUUUAUUCCUACUACAAGAAACGGUGCAAAAGGUAUUUUCAAAGAUAUCAAGAGGAUACAGGAAAAGAUCCCAGCGGAUCCUUUUGAAGCUGAGUUACUUAUGAUGGCUGAAAUGGUAGCUACUGAGAAGAAAGCAAAUGAAAGUGACUCAGAUUCAGCUGACGAAAACAGGGAUCACGAAGAUCAGGGAGGUGAUCAAGGAAAUUCACAUAGUGAUGGUUUCAGUCCAGAAGGAGUUGAUUCCAGCAAUACUUUUGGCGAUGAUAUGUUGCAAAUGGCAUUGAAAAUGGCGACUGGGGAAUUGGACGAACCAGCAGUGGAUUUAGAAGCUGCACUUACACCAAAUACAAUAACUGCCAGUCAAGCACCACAACAACCAGAAACUGCUAUAGAUAAUGAAGUUCAGCCGGAACGUCUAAUCUCUGCGCCUCGUGGAAGGAAGAGAAUGGUUCCAUACAAACCACGAUCUACGUCAAGUAAACGAGGCAGAAGAAUAUCUGGUACGAACGAUAUACCAUUGAUGCCGCCUCCAGAACCACAACCACCACCUCAACCACGAAUUAUGGAGCCUAUUGAGAAACCAGACGCCAAUAUGGCUCUGAAAUAUACGUUUGGAGUAAAUGCUUGGAGACAAUGGGUUGUUACUAAAAAUACUGAGCUAGAGAAGCAAGGUACGCCGAUGAGGAAAGUCAAAUUGUUUAAAACCGACUUGCUACAAUUAACAGCAGACGAAUUGAAUUAUUCAUUAUGUUUAUUUGUAAAAGAAGUUCGAAAACCUAAUGGCGCAGAGUACGCGCCGGAUACAAUAUAUUAUCUUUGCUUAGGAAUACAACAAUAUCUUUUUGAAAACAACAGAAUAGACAACAUAUUUACGGAUUCGUAUUAUGAAAAGUUUACAGACUGUUUGAAUGAAGUUGCAAAGAAGUUUUCUGUCCUCUACAAUGAUGCGCAAUAUAUUGUAACGAGGGUAGAAGAAGAACAUCUUUGGGAAUGUAAACAACUCGGAGCACACUCGCCUCAUGUGCUGCUAAGUACACUCAUGUUUUUCAAUACAAAGCAUUUCAAUCUCGUAACAGUCGAAGAGCAUAUGCAGUUAUCUUUUUCACACAUAAUGAAGCAUUGGAAGAGAAAUCCUGCUGCGCAACCAGCAGCGAUUGCUGGAAAGGUUCCUGGUUCAAGAAAUGUUCUUUUGCGUUUUUAUCCACCACAGUCAGCAUUAGAAGCAAAUUCAAGAAAGAAGAAGGUGUACGAGCAGCAAGAAAAUGAAGAAAAUCCAUUACGAUGUCCUGUUAAACUGUAUGAAUUUUAUUUGUCAAAAUGCCCAGAGAGCGUUAAAACGCGUAACGACGUAUUUUAUCUAUUACCGGAAAGAAGUUGUGUACCGGAUAGUCCAGUUUGGUAUUCGACGUCACCACUUGCCAAGGAACAUCUCAUUAAAAUGCUUUACCGCGUAAAAAUGGUGAAGGAAAUCAACGUAGCUCUAUUAACCAGUUAACUCCGCCCAGAUGAUUAUGUUUUCUAAAAACUCAUUAACACAGUCUACUGACAUAAUAUAUCUUGUAACUAUUCUUUGCUUGUAAAAGCACUUUUCAUUCGUCAUGUUUAAAGGACAGUCAGGAGGGAGAUUGUAGAAUAUAUCAAUAUGACGAAAAUUCGUUUUCCGACAGUUUCUGGCCUCUUGACAAAUAUUUGCCAGUCAAAUUUAUUAAUACUAUUAGAAUGUUACUGAAUUUGUACGUUCCCGUUCAAAAUAUUAUUUGUCUGAAUUACUUUUUUCUUUAAUGCGCGUUUUAUUGUGUAUUACUUGGAAGUACUUUUAAAAGCGGAGUAUAACUAAGUAAGAUUGGAUCUUGUUGAAAUACCCGUUUAUCGUGUCUUACUGUUCCAAAAGACAUACAGAAACUAUAGGCCAUAUAAUGGUGAAAAGUAAAAAAGAAACAGAUCACGCGUUGAUUCUUUGUUGUAUAUUUUUUACUUUUAAUAAAAAUAGUUCGACUCAAUAUGAAAUGCUAGUUGGAGAAAUGCUCUGCGACAGCUAUCAUUAGUUAACUCAUAAGAUGACUUGUAAAAUAAUAUUGAAAAAUCAGGAUGAUAAUCUGCAUCUUACAACGUCAAAUUUCUUUCUUUCUCCUGUCUAUUGAUAUCCUUGCUGUUUCUAUCUUUUAAUGAACAUGAUUUUUUCUAUAUGUAUUAUUGGGUUUGUUCAAACUUAUAAAAAUAUUUGUAUACAUUACCUCAUUCGAAAAGAAUGUUUCACAUUGGUCAUGACGAUAGAUUGUAAGAGUUUUAUUCUACGAUAGAGUGCAAACCGCGUGAUAUAAUGCAACAUUCGAUUUAUGAAAAGCAGGUGAAUCGUGCGAUAAGUGAACGGUGUAAAUACAAUAAAUAAUAGUUCCAUCUCACAGAAUCUACUCAUGCUGCUAUUAAUAUCGUAUGAGUUGAAUGAAUUGUUUUUAUUAAUUGUGAUGUUACUCUUAGUUAUUCAUUGAAACGUACUAGAGGCGUGACAUCCUUGGUGAAACAUAUAAUUUUGUACAAAAUUAAUCUGUAUGCGUUAUGUAAAAUUAAAGUAUAGUGAUGCUUCUU